GAUUGUCAUACGACUGUGAUUUUUCAAGGGUGGUGGGAUUAUAUAAAGACCGGCUUUCAUUCCUCCCUUCCUGAGAAAGCACCACUUCACAAAAAAGCUCUCUUUCUUUUUUUUAACUUCUAAGCUAUCCCUUUUCCUAUAAUGGGUAUCCUAGAGAAGCUUCCUUUUCGCCUCAACAGUCCCAAUUUCCAGGUUUUCCUGGUAGGCUUCAUCUGUUUCUGUUGUCCGGGUAUGUUCAAUGCCCUCAACGGUAUGGGUGGUGCUGGUAAAGCCGACAGAACAGCUACGGAUAACGCCAAUACCGCUUUGGCCAUCACUUUCACUAUUUGUUCUUUGAUCGGUGCUCCUGUCUAUAACAUCUUUGGUCAUCGUAUCCUUAUUCCUGCUGCUCUCUGUUACGUCCUCUAUGUUGGUUCCUACCUUACAAGCAACUCGGGUUUCACCAUCGCUACUGGUGCUAUUCUCGGUGUGGGUGCUGGUUUCUUGUGGACCGCUCAAGCUGGUAUCAUGAUGUCCUAUCCUCAAGAAAACGACAAGGGUAAAGCUUUCUCCAUCUUUUGGAUGGUGUUCAACUUGGGUGCCACCAUUGGUGCAGCUAUUCCUCUCGGUAACGACUGGCACAACACUAGCAGUGAAGUCGCCUCGACAACCUACAUCGGUUUCAUCAUCAUCAUGGCCUUUGGUGCUUUUUUGGCAUUUGCUUUGUUGCCGGCUAGCAAGGUCAUUCGCAGCGACGGUACCCCCGUUUCUCUUCACAAGUUCUCCAACUGGCGUCGUGAAGCUAUCGAAAUUUUCCGUCUUUUCCUUGACUGGCGUAUGCUUAUCUUGAUUCCUCUCUUUGCUGGCUCCAACUGGUUCUACACUUACCAGUUCCAAGUCUACAAUGGUGGCGGUUUCUUUGAUCUUCGUGCUCGUGGUCUUAACAACUUGCUCUACUGGCUCUUCCAAAUCAUCGGCGCUGGUUUCUUCGGCUGGCUUCUGGAUUUGACCGCUCUCGGUACCCGUAGACGUCGUGCUUUCAUCGGCAACACCUUGGUUCUCGUCAUUCUCAGCGCUCUUUGGAUCGGUUGUAUUUUCAUUCAAAAACGCUUUACACGUGAAUCCGUCAAAGAUCCCAACUUCAAGCAGAUCUCCGUCGAUUCUCCUGGCUAUGCUGGCUAUGUUAUCGAAUACGCUUUGUUCGGUUUUGCCGAUGCCAUCUAUCAAGGUUUCAUCUACUGGCUUUUGGGUACCAUGACGAACGAUACUGAACGUGCCGCUCGCUUUGGUGGUUUCUACAAGACCAUUCAGAACGCUGCCAACGCCAUCGCUUCGCAGAUCGAUGCCAUUCACACUCCUUUCAUGACCGAACUUGCCGUGACUUUUGCUAUCAACACCGCCGGUCUUAUCCUUGCUUACGUUGUCUGCUGGACAGUUCCCAACGUUACAAUCGAAGAAGUCGACAACCUUCAAGAUGGUGUGGGCGCUGAAAAGAUGAUUGGUGGUCGCGUGGAAACCAUCGAAGACGGUGCUCAUGAAUAUCCUGUGAAAUCGGAUUCUUAUUCCAUGGAGAAGAAGGAACCUUCCAUCCAUUAGUGAACGAUCCACCGAUUUUAUAACCUACAUUGAUGAAUGCAUCUUCCCCCGUCGAUCCUGCUGCUCAUCUUUUUUUUUAUUUGCCAUCACUUGUCCUAUUUUUUCUCUACCUUCUUUUCGAGCCCUGUUAUUUUUGGGUCUCUCUCUCCAUUUUUUUUUUCUAAUUCCUAUCACAGUUCUCGUUCGCUUUAUUCAAUUACUGCCGUAAUAUCUUCUUCUCUUUCUCUCUUCUUUCAAUACCACAUACGCUAAUAAAAUCAUGACAGCAAUCAAUGUCAAAAUAACGUCAAACAUAACGAAUACUGCAGGCAAUCUGACCCUGAGAAACUCAGCAAUAACAUCGUACAAACUUUAAAUUCAGUCAGCUUAUCAUUUGCUGCUUUGUAUAGAGCAAUCUUGUGCAAGUGUUGAUUUCCCAGGAAUAACCGCAGUAGUAUUCUCAGAAGAACAUACUGUCUUUAAGCUUA